UCAGCGUGAGGUUAUUUCCGGAAAUGCGAGAUUGAGUUUCGUAGGUGUUGGCAGUGAACUCUCUGGGUUUUAAUUGUAUAUUUUGUAAGUUUAUACGAAAUGAAUCGAAUUUUUGGACGAGGAAAAGCUAAGGGGCCUCCCCCGAACUUAUCAGACUGCAUUGGAAGUGUGGAUUCCAGAGCAGAAUCCAUUGACAAGAAGAUUGGCAGAUUGGAUGCAGAGCUGGCGAAAUACAAGGACCAGAUGAAGAAAAUGAGAGAUGGGCCCUCAAAGAAUAUGGUGAAGCAGAAAGCACUGAGGGUUCUGAAACAGAAGAGAAUGUAUGAGGGGCAACGGGACCAGCUGAUGCAGCAGUCCUUCAACAUGGAGCAGGCCAACUACACCAUUCAAACUCUAAAAGACACUAAAACAACGGUGGACGCAAUGAAAGUUGCAUCCAAAGAGAUGAAGAGGGCAUACAAAGAUGUCAAGAUCGAUCAGAUUGAGGACAUACAGGACCAGCUGGAGGACAUGAUGGAGGACGCCAGUGAGGUGCAGGAGGCCCUGAGCCGCAGCUACGGCUGUCCAGACAUCGACGAGGACGACUUGGAGGCCGAACUGGAUGCAUUGGGAGAUGAGCUGCUAAUGGAUGAGGACUCCUCCUACCUGGACGAGGCCUCCACUGCUCCCUCCAUACCAGAGGGGUUGCCAGGAGACAAGUCCACCAACAGGGAUGGUGUUCUGGUGGAUGAGUUUGGCUUGCCUCAGAUCCCUGCCACAUAAGGCCUAUGCAACCGAGGAACGCCUAUUUUAUAUGAGAAUCAUGUUUGUUUAUGCGAACUCGAAAGCCUAUAAAACACAGCCAAUCUGCCUAAAGGACAAAAAAAAGGUUUACCAAGAUGACAACAAUCUCAAUUUUGUCUUCUGCUUAUCCAGAGGCUAACCUGUUACGGCUAUCAAUUUAUCAGGAAUGUAUGUAUGUAUCUAUUGCAAUCAACACUUGCGUAUUCAUUUGUCUCUCUCUUGAUUUUAACUUCUUACAGUGUCAGCCAGAGCUUUAUUUCUGCUUUCAUUGCCGUUAUCCUGGUGUGUGGUUGACUGACUUUAUACUGCAACGUAGUUGCCAACAAAUAGCAUAAUAAAUUAUUCUAUAUUUCA